AUGAAAGACGAAACUGUAGCAUUCCUGACUGCUCACAAUGUUGUUCAGAUAUGGGACACUGCAACACAGAGUCUGAGCGCACAGUACACAAGCAAAGAGAACUCCAUUCUGUAUAGUGGGUUACUGGUGCCUCUUCAGGAUGAUGUACUGGUGCUGGCUGGCACAGUAUUCUCAGAGGUCAUAAUACAUGCAUGUAAGAUUGAGAAGCCCCUACAUUACUUGAAAGGACAUAAGGGUGUUAUAUUUUCAAUAUCAUGUAACCAAGAAAAACGCCUAAUAGUGACAACAUCUGAUGACAGAUCUGUCCGUAUAUGGAGUGUAAGCACAAAUUCAAACUCAUCUAGAGCCGACACUAUAGAGUUUUGGCAAAAGGCAGACAUAACCUGCACUCAUGAAUUGUAUGGCCAUACAGCCAGAGUUAUGAGAAAUUGUAUUACAAGAGAUAUGGUAGUAUCGGUUGGUGAAGACUCAGCUAUAUGCUGUUGGAGCUUUCAAGGAAAUUUGUUAAGAAAAUGGGUAACUCAUCAGAACGGCGGUAUAUGGUCUGUUGACAGCAACGAUGAACAUUUGGUUACUGGUGGUGGUGAUUGUGGUGUAAUAAUUCAUCCACUAGCCAUCACUGUUGAAUAUGGUCAAAAUGAAACUCUUAAUUUAGAAGUAGGUCCUCCUAAAAACAUACUUUUCACUGCUAGAAAAAAUGUAGUCAUUUUAAAUGAAUGCGAUGAAAAUAUUCAUUACGAUUUAAAAACAAAAGUUAAAACUGUUCAAAAACUAACACAUGAAUCCACUUAUAAAUUAAUAAGUCUGUCAUCUUGCAAACAGUUGGUUGCAGUUGUUGAUAUGUGUGGAAAUUUUGAUGUUUUUAUAGAAAAUUGUAAAGGUGAUGCAACAUUAUAUAAUGUUAUGAAAACGAAACUAGAAAUCGGAAAAAUACUUUCAAUGCACUGGGCAGGCAACAGACAUCUGGUUUUAUGUUGUGAACAAGGUCUUAUAAAUGUUUUAGCUUCAAGAGAAAAUAUUGUAGAGUUGUAUAAACAAUUUACCCUGCCUCCAUGCAAAGAAAGGUGGUUAACUGCUGCUGAUAUAGAUUCUAGAAAUGGUACGCUAGUUGUGGGAGACAGAUGUGGGAAUAUACACGUGUAUAGGAAUAGUAAUAGAGUUCCAAUCAAAAGCUUUAGUAAAGUCCACGGUAGGUACGGACCUACAUCCAUUACUAUUAAGGCUGACGAAUUUAUUACUACAGGCAGAGAUGGUACAAUAAAGUAUUUUAAUUUAAGCAAUGAAAAUAAAACACUAGCAAAAUAUAUGAGUUCUAAAGAUUUAGAGUUUCAAUGGGUUGAAAAGUUUAUAGACAAAAACGAGAAUGUUGUCUGUGGUUUUCAAGAAAGAACUUUUAUUGUCUAUGACAUUAAAAAUAAAUCAAAGUUACUAAAUGUAGAGUGUGGGGGAGGACACAGAUCUUGGGACGUGGUGCGUUAUAUUGACGAAGUGAAUGAUGUAUAUGAGGAAUUUAUAAUGCUUAUGUACCUUAAGAAGGGUGUUAUACAAGUUCAUAAAUUUCAAAUGAGUAAAGUUGUUUCUAGGAAUGUUAUAAGUGGAUCACAUUCUAAAGAAAUUAAUUGUUUAAUAUCAUAUAGAACAAACUUAAGUGAUUCUAUUAUAUUUUAUAUAACUGGUGGAGAAGAUACUACAUUAAGAAUAUCUUCAAUAGACAAUGAACUUAAAUUUCGCGAGGAUACCAUCUUUAAACAUCUAUCCAGUGUUAGAACUUUAAAAAGUUAUUCUUUGACAGAUGAUAAAAUACUUGUAGUAUCUGCGGGUGGAAGAGCGCAAAUAUGUAUAAAAAUAAUAGAAUUCACUAACAUAAACAAUGGAAUUGCAACUAAAACACAACAAUGUGUAGAUUACAUGAUAAAAGGGACUGAAAAGGAACGCAAAGGGAAACAAACAUGGCGCGACUGUACCAUAGACUUCGAUCCAGAAACAAGAAUAAUGGACGUUGAUAUUAUAGCCAUAAAUGAAAAUAAAUUUAUAAUUUUCGCCGGUUGUUCAGAUGCGACUCUACGUAGUUUUAGCUUCGAUUUAGAAACUGCUGAUUUUAAAUCACUUACAACACAGAAGUGUUAUGAAACGUGUAUUUUAAAAACUAAACACGUUAAAUUUGAUAAUAGAAACUUGAUAGUUACGUGUACAACAAGAGGUGAGGUUACGUUUUGGGAUAUUGGCAUGCCCGAUAUAGAAAUUUUGGAAUUAAACCCAAUAUUCACAAUGAACACCAAUAAAUCGGCCAGUUGGGCUUCAGAGAAGUUCCAUUGUUCACAAAUCACCGGAUUGCGUCUUGUGGACGACUUCUUAUUGAGUACAUCUAUAGAUCAAAGAGUAACUUUAUGCAAAUGGAGCAUAGAGAAAGGUGUCAUAACAUGUCAGUUUGUGUCACAGACAUUUAGUGACAUCUCUGACAUUCAAGGCAUGGAUAUACUUGACAAUUCAAGGUAA